AUUAAAAUGGCGUUUUUAGAUAUUGAGGAAGAUUGUUGGAUGUUUUCUAUCACGUAAUAUUACAUCAAAUGACUCAAGAUUUAAUCCAAGUAGGUAAUGGCAGAAGAACCAGACAGUGGAAAAAUUGAUAGUCAUGAUGAUGUGAAAACUGAAGGCAGUCAGAAUGAAGACGACAGAGCAUCUGAAGAUGUCCCUCAAGAAAGUCAACAAAGUCGGGAUACCCCUAGCCUCAUUCUGGGAUCAAGGCUUGAGGAGCCCAGCAGUGACAGUGCAAUGGCUAGACUUCUUCUUGCCAGCUCCAUGGCUCAGCGAGACAUGGCAAUAAUUGACCGAGAGACACCCUCUAGUGCCCUAAACCUGUCUGUUCCAGAUCACGGCGGUAAACACAGACACUCCCCACAUCAAAACUCACUGGUGAGCAGAGAUGUUAGAAGUUUUGGAUCAUCCAAUCACAGUCAAUCACCACCCGUGUCUGAUGUGCAACAAAACUCUGAUGGUCUUGGUGUUGGACCGGGGAAUUCCCAGAUCGACAGCAUGCAGCCUGACAUGAUGGAUUAUGGGAAGGAUGCGACGUACCUGUUACCUGAUUCGUCACCGGAGUCUUCCCCUAUGGACCCAGUGAUGACCAAUGUUUAUAAAUGUAGACUUUGUAGCUUUUGUACCUCAACCUACACACAGCUGCAGUUACAUAUGCCAAAGCAUGGAGGUGUAAAGGCACUGAAAUGCCACCUCUGUGACUAUACCACCAAUGACAAGAGUAACUUCAGACGCCAUCGUAGACUCCAUGUUGGAAACAAUCCCGUCAAUGUUCUCAAGUGUGGGAAGUGCUCAUUCUCAACCAUACUGCCUCGAAAAUUUCGAGAACACUUUGUGCAGGUGCACAAUGAACACCUUGGUCCAAAUCUUCCAUACUCUCUACCCACACAUAGCACCUACCCACCAGCCAAUUACCCAGACACACAAUACGGAAUCAACCAACCCGACCUCGGAGGUCAGAACCUACGGCACACAACAGGAAGUGGGAACUUCUCGGCAUCAAAUGCCCUCCAUUCUCUGCUUACAGGAAUCCAUCAUCAGGUUCCCACAGUGAACUUUCAACACCAAACAUAUACUGCUCAAACACAGGGACUUCAGACACAGUUUGGAAGCUAUGUGGCACCUAUGAGGCAACAGGCCAAUGAGGAGAAUCACCUGGCCUCUAAUUACCUACGCUCAAUAGUUUCAUCUAUUAUGAAUACUCACCCAACUCAGAGAGUACCCCCCAGCAGCACUAUUACAUCCUCUGGGUACUAUCUUAGCCCCUCAGGACGAGACCAUCCUCAUGUCAGUGUUGCCCAACCCACUUUAGUGUCGGAUGGCAGGGGCCACCCAGUUAAAAUUAAAGUGGAACCACCCGAGCGUGAAGACACCCCAGAUGUUUCCAGUUCAGUGAUACCAAAUCGCCAGCAGGGUUUCCCCGACAGUCUAGGAAGUCUAUCAUCAUAUCAUCUGCAGCAUCAGAAGAACUUUAUGGGAUUAGAUAGUAAUGAGGCUUCUACUUCUAUCAGGGCAAAUUCAGCAGAAUCAACAAGUUCAUCUCAGGCUGAAGGGCGGUCUAACAGUGUCAACACCACGGUGAAAAUUGAAAUUCAAAACAGAGGAAUUCAGUGCAAUCUUCCACACAUUAAGACAGAGGCUUGCUUUGACACUUUUGUUUCUGUAACAGACCAAGGUGUGCAGUGUGAACUAGGGCACCUGCCACAACAUCAAAGGUCAUCAACCAAUGACACAGGGUCAAGUUUGCAGUCAGCCAAUCGCUGUCACCAUUGCGGCAUAUCAUUUGAAGAUGAAGUUCUGUAUUACAUUCAUGUAGGCUGCCACAGCCACACUGACCCAUUCGUGUGUAAUGUCUGUGGCAAACAGUGUGGUAACAAAUAUGGUUUCUAUUCUCAUAUUAUGAGAGGACAUCAGUGCUGAAAAAGUUUUUCACAAAUGUUUAACUUUGAAUUUUUCUAGGACACUAAGGACAAGAAUUAGUAAUUAUUAUCAAAACAUAUUGAACAACAAAGUAAUUAUAUUGGAAGCAUUUUGCACUUCAAUUUGUUGUAUUGUGAAUGUACAAAUGUUUUGUUCAGUUCAUUAUUUUUUUUACUCAAGUUUUUGAUCUCAGUGCACAAAUUUUCACAAGAGUAGCUUCCCUUUUGUUUCACUUUAUGUAAUAAAGAUCUCUAGAUUUAUUUUAUAACUUAUCAUUGCCAUGUACUGAUACUGAACAAAACUUUAUUUACUAAUUAUGCAAUAUUUCUUAAUUUUUU